AGCUUCCCACAGUUUGUUCACACGAAUGCUGUUGUUUGAAAAACGCCGAAGCGAGUGGAUGUGAAUCGCGCGACAGCAUAAAACUGACUGCGUGUGUGAGGUUUGCCACAUAAGAGCCUUUUCUAUUUUCUGCUAUGUGCAACCAAUAACAAAGAUUAGGUGGGCGUGAAAGGUGCACAACCGGAAAACCGUGCGUAUGAAACGUAUCACAAAUGUGAUCUUUGGCUGCGUGUAAAGUGCUGUGUGUUUGUUACGGGUGGUGUUCUUUAUUUUGCGACACGCAACGCAACGGCGUCCCCAAAAAGUGCUGACGGUGUUUGGAUGAAUUUAUGUGUGAAAGUAAGUGUGUGCGUGUGUCCGUAAUUACGCUUAACAUCCUGGAGGAAUAAGAUAUCCUCGCCUUUUUGGUUUCACCAAUAUCCGAAUCAACCAAAACUAAAAGCUACAACAAACAAAUCAACCAAACAAAACACAUCGAACAGUUUCAACAGUCAGCCAUUGCAUUUAGAACACAUACGCCUCCACCCUGUUCCCCCCCCCCUCACACGUGUCAGUGGGGUGUUGCAUUCGAGGUGAGGCUGUAUCUCGAAUGCAACUGUUUUCGGGCGGACAAUGGACUACUGUUCCCGGGGUCAGCAUUUUAGCAGCAGUGACAGCAGCAGUAGUAGCCGCCGGGCUCGAACGGCGCCAUUUUGAGCCGGUCGCGUCAUCACCGGAAUCCAUCGCAGCAGAACCAACUGCGGCUACACUUGCGUUUAGUGUACACGAUUAGUGGGACCGGUAAAAGGUGCCCCCGGGUGGGGGGCGUCCGGGGAAACAUUCAGCAAAUCGCUAGUAUGUCCCGAAUGUGUGCUGUCAGCAAACAGAAGCGUCUUAACCAAGGUUAGGGCGGUGUAAACGUGAGCUAUUAGCAUUAAAAAAAGUACCGGAAGAUCCGGUCAGGAUAAAUGGUCUUAAGAUUAAGGGAAAGUGUUAAGUUUAAGCAAGAAUAGUGAUGUGUGGUUGUUGAAACGUUGUUGAAUAUCGCUAAACAUGAAGACAAUGAAGAUUUAUAGUACGGCUUUUCUUCAAUAAUCGUAGGCACUCGGGUAAUAUACGGGCGCAGCCCCAAAAAGAAAAAAGGACCAAUCGGCACCGUUUUGCUAAUUGAACACCCCCGAACGGGAAUAGAAAGUGUCCCCCCCCGGCAAGAGCUAUGAGUGUGUUCAGUGAUUUCCAGCGCAUGUGGGUGCAGCGGUUUCCCCAGAGUUCGCUGUCGGACGCCUGGGAGCAGGAUGUUCGGGCGAGUCUCGAGCGGCACAAGCAAAAGAUCGCGGAACUGUCGAAGGAGCUCGAACAGGAAACGCUGUACGUCGAGUAUCUCGAGCGAUUGCUCGGCGAUGUGGAGAAGUACCGGGAAGCGGGCGGCGAUCCGUCCACCCUGUUCGAGGCGAACUCACCGGCAUCGGCUGCCAAUCUGUUGGCGGGCGGCGGCGGCGGCGGCGGCAGUAAUCAAUUGCGCGAACCACCGGGCAAGGCAGACGGGACGAAUAACCAGUCGGACGGGGAGGAAGUGAAUCAAAUAAUCAAAGCCGCGGCUAGUAAUCAACAACCUGCUGCCGGUACAGCUCCACCCGCCGACGAUGCAGAGGUGGCCAGUAAUGCGACCGGCGGCGGCGAAUCGACCGAACAAGGCGUUCAGCUCCGGUCACGUGAUCUGCCGCCGAAUCGCAACAAUAGCCCACUGAAUCAGUGUAUUAACGAGCUAACCUCAAACCUGCACAGUCGCCGGUGUGUGAGCGAGCUGGUGGCAGCGAGCAGCACCAGCGGCACCAACACCCCAAUCAACCCGGCCAACGAUACGGCCCAACAGUCAACCGGCGGGCAACAAUCAACUACGAACGGUCCGGAACCGACUGCUAACGGGGCGACCCAUGACGUACCGACCGAGAUGGAAUCGUCCGGACCGGUACCGGAUGUCGGUCGGGUUGGAACGAACCGGACGCGCAGUGCCAGCCAAAGUGAAGCACAACCGUUGCUCGCCUCGCCGAGUCACUUUGUGACCGUGAUUGAAGUGAAAGAAUCCAAAAGCAAUGGUGGAGGUGGUGGUGGUGGUGGUGGUAGUGGAGGUGGGAAUGGAGUUGGUGAGAACGAUACCGAGACACCGUCGGUACCGAAGACGGCAAACUACGAGAAUGUGCUGAUCAACACCGGUGCCCGGUUCGGUGGCAGUGUGGAGAAUCUGGUAGCGGGUGAACUUCCGCAGCAACAUCAGCAACACCAGCACACCGGCGGUGUAAGCAGCAGUGCCAGUACGUUCCUGGAUGCAAAACAUCCGAAACCACCGGAUCGGAGCAGUGACGGUGGUGGUGGUGGCAGCUUUACCGGCGGUAGUUCAAUAUCUGAACGCACCUCGCAGCUGCUCGGUGCCUCGUCAGCUGCAGCCGACCUCAAGAAAAAGGUCCCCCCACGUCCACCACCAAAAUAUGUGCGCCGUGCUGCACCGGUCGAACCACCGACCGUACCAACGAUGGCGAUGCAGAACCUCCGUAAUAAGGAUACGCCAUCUGGUGGUGGUGGAUCGGCAACCGGCCAGCAGUCCCAUUCCUCGCCCGAAACGACCGGCACACCCGACAGUCCCGGGACGAGCAGUUCGCUCGAGCGAAACAUUAAACCGUCGGAGAUCUACCGCCAGAAGUCGUCCGAUUCGCUCGACGUGAAGCUUUCCGGUUACCAUGAGGCCGGCAAGGCACGUCUACCAAAGUCGGACAGUCUCAAGUCGAAGUCAUCCAGCACGGACAGUCCUACCGGGUCGCUCGGUAAGGUGGCGGGCGGUACACCCGGUAUCGGUGUAUCGCCGACCGGCAGCUUGGGCAAGCUGCCAACGAACAUGACCGGCAGCAGCAGCGACAGUCCCACCGGUAGCCUUGGGAAGAUGAAUCAACAGCACCAGACGCCACCGUACGCACAGUCGUACCAUCAACGGCACGGUACGGAUGGUUUGCCGCACGUCGAUUCGAAGGAAUCGCUUACCUCGACGGGCGGCGGUGGCGGUACCGGAACGAUCGGUAGUACCGGUGGAAUUGGUCCCAUCUCCGAACGGAUCAAAAGCUACGAAUCCAUUUCAUCGCUCAGCUCGGAAAGUAUGCGCAUCAGUGGCCAACAGAACCAGAAGGAUCAGGAACAUUACUACGAUACGGUACCGCUCGAUAAUAGUGAUGGUGAUUACGUGUACAUACAGCCGGGCGGUGUCGGAACCGGUUCCACAUCGAGCCGGGACGAUAUCUCCACGGUGGAAAAUGCCAGUACGCUUCUGAUGCCGUCGCAUCCGCGCAGUCACAACAGCAGCCAAACCAGCGUACAGCUGGAACCAGAAUCUCCCGGACGUAGCAGUAACUACGUCAAUAUUGAGUACUUCAUCCACUCCAGUCAAAAUAAUGAAAAUCGCAGCAGUUCUAUUGAUAGUGACGGCGAAGGUGACGGUGGUGCACCGGUACUGAUGCGAGCGAUCUCGACCGAUACGGACGGUGGUGUUGGUGCGGGAGUUUCUCCCGGUAUCGGUGGUACACCCAGCGGAAGUGGUCUGUUCCGUAAAAUAUCGAACGCUAACCGUGACACUAUCAUCCGACGCAUCGUUACCAGCAUCAUCACGAGCGAAACACUCUACGUGGAGUGUUUGAACAAGAUGAAACAGUACAUGAAGGCGAUACGGGCGACGCUAACCACUUCACAACCUGUGAUAUCGGAGGAGGAGUUCCAGACGAUCUUUUUCAAGAUCGAGGACCUGCACGAGGUGCACAGCGAGUUCCUGACGGAGCUGCAGGCCCGCCUAGCCGCACCGGACGAUGCAACCGCACCGGACACUGGUGGGCUGUGCGUGGGCGAACCGUUCCGCCGACUGGCCGGCCAGAUCCAUCUGUACGGUGCGUUUCUGCACAAUUACGGGCGUGCGAUCGAUACGGUGAAAAUGUGCAGCACGCACAGCCAACAGUUUAAGGAGAUUGUGUCGAACAUUGUGUUUAAGAACCAGAACGAGCAGAAACUGUCGCUCGAAGAGUUGCUGCACAAGCCGGUCGCGCGAGUACAGAAGAAUGCGCUCGUGCUGGAGGAUCUGCUCAACCAGACGCCCGAACAGCAUCCGGACUAUCAUCCGCUGCGGCAAGCGUCUAAAGCGAUACGUAACUUCCUGUCCGAGUUUAACGUAGUGCAGACACGGUCCAUGUUCCCGAGUGAAGAUAAAGCCCUCCGGCGGUUGGUAAAGAAUUCCUUCAUCGUCGAGCUAGCGGACGGCCAUCGGAAGCUGCGCCAUUUGCUGCUGUUUAACGAUGUGAUUGCGUGCGCGAAAUAUAAGGCCGUUGGGCGUACCGGCGAUCGGAAUGGGUUUGAGUUCGAGCUGAAAUGGUUUAUACCGCUGCGGGACAUACUGAUAUGUGAGGAGUCGGCGAACGAUCCGAAGGAAACGAGCCCGAUCAAUAUUGUGCACCUGAAGUCGCAGGCCUGUACCGUGCGCGAUCAAAUCAUGCUGGACGAGAAGGAUCGUCCGGGUGCGUCGAGUCGGGCGGGUGACAAGCACCGGAAGAAGCUAGCCGAUCUUGAGGCGCAGCUGGUACUGGCGUCACCGAAUCUGGUGUUCAAGAUUGGCAAUAAGGCAACCGGCAAAACGAUGACGUUCUUCCUCAGCUCAGAUUUCGAGCGUACGCAAUGGAUCGAAUCGAUACUGUCGUUACAGCAAUCGUGCAAUCUGCCCGGUCACAUCCCAGUACAGAUUUAUGAUCUGCACGCGUGGAUAACGGCCUGCCAGGCGCUCAUCAAAACGGAGAUGGGUUCCUAUCUGAUGCGAAACGCGCGCGAUGAAAGCCUGCUCGUGGGCGAUCUGCAUCUCACCAUACAGGGGCUGAGCGGGUUCGAUCAACCGUGCGAUCUGUUCGUGUGUGUCGAGAUCGACUCGUACGGCCAUUAUUUCCGCAAGGCUAAAACGAAGCUUGUCUGUCGCAGUGCAACACCGCAGUGGAAUGAAUCGUUCGUGCUGGAGCUGGAGGGAAGCCAGAAUUUGCGUAUACUCCUGUAUCAAGAUGAUGUUCAGCGUCCUAUUUUGCGCGCGAAGCAUAUCCUCAAAUUAAGCCGUAGCUGGAUGCAGGAAACAAACACCAGAAAAGUGUUGCAGCUGUCGGAAACGCUCAGCAUCAGCACGAUCAUACGAUUCGUACCGGGUGAAGUGACGUUGCGCCGGGUACCGACCUCCAAACCGGGCGCACUCUUUGGUGCCAAAUUGCAGCAGGUGAUUAAGCGCGAAAAGCGUGACAUUCCAUUCAUCGUGAGCGCCUGCGUACGGGAGGUUGAGCGGCGCGGCAUGACCGAGGUCGGCAUCUAUCGCGUGUCCGGUUCCGCGUCCGACGUUGCCAAGCUGAAGAAAUCGUUCGAAACGAACGCGUACGAGGCGGAACAGCUGCUGAAGGAGGUCGACAUACAUUCGGUAACCGGCAUUCUUAAGUCGUACCUGCGCGAUCUACCGGAAGCGCUCUUCACCGAUCAGUAUUAUCCGAAAUUUUUCGACGCGUUCAACCGCCAUUCGAACCUGAGCGAGGGUUCGCGCAUACACGAGCUGCAGCGCAUAUUUGCUGAGCUACCGCAACCGAACAAAGCCACCAUCAACCUGCUGCUAGAUCAUCUAAUGAGGGUACAUCAGCAGGAGAUCGAAAACAAGAUGUCGCUACACAAUCUGGCGAUGGUGUUUGGGCCGACGCUGCUGCGACCCGGCCCGAGUGCGAUCAAGCAGAAGGAUCUGCUAGAAUCGAGCACGGCCGAUGUGAUGACGCAGGCAGGCAUCCUGUACAGCUUCCUGCAGGCACGACUAAAAUAGUGCAACCGAACACCAAUUCCACCAAUGAACGAAACCGAAAGCUGCGCUCGAUAUUUCGUCGCCAACCAGAACUGAAUGAUUUGAUUAUAUUUCCAAUUUCCAUUUUGGACACCUCCAUCGUUCCGGGAUGUUUUCGCUCAGACGACGGGGGGGGCCCUCUGGUUCAGGGGGGGAAAAAACGCCUUUCCGAUCAUUCUUUCUCUCCCUCGCUCGCGGGCGCAUUAUUGCGUUGCGGGAUGUAAUUGUUUCGCUCGCUCGCUCGCACGUCGAGAUGAUUACAAAAAAAAGAAGAACGUUUAAUAUUAUGCUAAAGCAUAUGGGAAAGCAGGAUGUGUAAUAACCCACUUUUUAAGCUCAAGGGGUUUUCCAAACGUUCCGGUGCGAAAGAUUUCUAGAUUUUCGUGACUUGAUACUAGCUCUUCGUUGUUUGUGUUUUACGAAUGAAAGACUACCAAAAGAUUUACGUUUUUUUUUUGUUUUAUCAGUAGUAAGUUACAAAUUUGUAUUAGCUAAGCGACCCGAUUGGCACACAAUCUCUCUCUAUACCGUGCCCGAUAAAAAACGGUAUAGUGUAGUUGUAGAUAAUGCGUGCUAGAAAGAGCGAUAGAUAGCGCAAGAGAGAGAGACCUUGACAAUCUAGAAGAGCAAAGAUUCCUCUCGUCCUCUUACCGUCUUAGAAACCAAAACAAACAACGCUAACAAAAAAAAAUCAAACAGAAUUAGUUUUAAAAUGUUAAAAAACAAAACAAAAGUCCCAAAGGCAAGACAAUACUACCCCAGGCAGCUUUUUUUCCUUUUUUGUUUGCUUUUUACUGAAACGAAAACCCCGUACGUCAGCUCAGAUACUUUCGCUAGGUUUAGUGCGUAUUUUAAUGUUAGAAGCGGUAAGAAUAAUUUUAUUAAUAAGGCAGCGUUUGCUAUAGGAGAAAAAGAAAAACGUCGUUCCCGUCGUGCAUUAGUGAUUACAAGUUGAUUUACAAGUUGCUUCAAAAGCAAUGUGGCACCCUUCACUUCCGCUGUGUAUUUAUCAUCGUCCCUUUAUUUCCCGUGCUGGAAACGUUGCCUUUACUUUUUCACCCGUCGUGCCUACGUUUGUAAGAUGUUGGUAACAUCUUGUUCGAAAAGAAAGCGUUCCCUUGUUGUGUUUUACGUAUAAUACGGUAUUUCAUAGACAGCAACACCAAGCGGUAAAGCAGUUGCUAGUGAUCGUUGUUGGUAAAUUUGGUUUUGUUUUUCAUUUUAAAAAUAUUUACUUAAAGAUCGAAUAAUUAAAAUCGAUCAGGCAGCCUAUGUCUUUUUUAUUUGUCAUUUUGGUGUGAUUUUUUUUGUUGCAAUUGUGAGUGUUCGAUCAGGUAUAGAAAUACGAACACGAACAAAUUUUGUAUCGCUCUUUACUUCGGUUAAGAUAAGCUGAAUUAUUACGUUCACAUAGAACAUUCCAAAUCAUUCUCGUAAACAAUGAUUUAUAUGUUUUCUUGCACAGAUGCAAUUAAAACAAAAAUGCAACGGGAGAUUUAGCAGAUGAUGAUAGAGGGGGCACAGAUUAAAACAAUCAUUUCGUGUAGCAGUAUAACGCGCUGCAUGGGUGUUGAUUAGAGCGCCGUGAGUAAUGAGCGAGCGAGCGAAACAGCAACAACACAGGGGUUCAGGGGUUCGAAGCGAAAGUGAAAUAGAAAGUAUGUGAUCACAUAAAAUAAAGAAAACAAAAAAAUACACAACCGAAACGAAACGCAAUCUUUAUACAACAAGAACAACAAAAAAAUCAUAUAUUAUUAUACUUAUUAAACAUGGGCAACUAUACAUAUAUAUAUACAUAUAAAUAGUUAUAUUCAUAGACAUUAUACCUAAAAGCCAUUGAUAUCGCGAACAAUACAAUACAUUCACUGGCAAAGUAUUUAGACAAAUUCGAAUGCAGUAGUGUUUAGCGUAUGGGCAAUGCGUAGACGUAAAACAGAGAAGAUCGAGUGACGAACACGAAGUCAGAAUGAUAGAAAACAGAGAUGAAAAGUAUGAUGCAUAGCAGUACCAUCUCAAGGGAGUGACUCCAAUGCCCGGGAUGGUAUUGAAAUGAUGGAGCAUACAACAACUAGUUGUGUGUAUGAGUGUGUGUGUGUGUGUGUGCAACAUAAAAAGAAAAUUAAGUAUUUAAAAAGACACACACACACGCGCGCGUACAUUUAAACAGGGAUCACGUAAUUACGCCUAAAUGCGUUUAUUCAACCUCAGCUUCAUAAAUGAAAAAAAAAACAAAAGAAAACAAAGAAAAAAAGGAAACUUUACACAUGAUAGUAUUUGUAUUUGAAACACCCGAAAGCAAAGCGGAAGCUAACCACCCUCCCCCCUUUAUAUUGUAUCGCUUCCCCUUGCCCGACACCUCAUACCCUUCCGUAAUCGUAUUUAAACAUUUUUGGACAAUUUUGCUCGAUGAUGCGCUGAGAUAGGAAAAAAAGGGGAAAAACAGGAAGCAUUACAUGUAAAAAAACAAAAACAAAAUAA